CAUGAUAGUAAGAUGCUCAUUUCAUUCAGUCCGUGGCCAGUUGUUGGCGAAAGUAGAAGUAUUUUUAUUUCUAAGUUUUCUAAUUUUUUGAAGUGUUUGUAUUAAAUCAAAAAAGUGCCAAGUAGAAAUUAAAAGUGCCGUUACAACACAGAAGUGAUCACAUGCAUACAUUUCAACUUAAGCGUUUGUGAUUUUCCAACUACACAAAUACAUACAUAUUAAUUAAAACAGAGUAACAAUGCAGCAUUUAAGCCGCGUAUCUACGCGCCAACUUGUCGCACUCACACAUACAACCAUAAAAUCAUGGCAAGCGCCACGUGUACUCAUGCAAACACGUUGCUUAGCGACCGUGCCAGUGGGUGAGGUGUUAUUUCCCUCGAAAUCUGACUUUCCCAGCCGUCAUAUAGGGCCGCGUAAAACGGAUGUGGUGUCAAUGUUGGAUACGCUGGGCUUUAAGUCCUUGGAGGAACUUACGAAUAAGGCCGUUCCCAAGCGCAUACAACUGAAGCGAGAUUUGAACUUGGAUAAACCGUUAAGUGAGUAUUGCUCCUAACAUAAUCAGGGCUAUCACUGAAACCAUCGUAGUCUGAUUUUUCGUGAAAUCUACGUAAAUGCUAUCACUGAAUCCGAAUA